CCCAACGAAGAGAUGUUAAGUGGCAGAUUUGACCGACGAGUAAACAACUACAACAACUUCCGCAGUGCAGAAUUUACUUUGGAGGCGUCACUGAAAGAAAAAGAAAUGGAGCUAUUGAAAAAAGAGAAUGAGUUGCUAAAACGUGAACAAGAACUCUUACGCAAAGAGAACCAAAUGUUGAGAUCAGUUGAUUGCGCAGCUGAGCAGUCUGCAGCUGCUGGUAUUUCUCUUAGCUUGGUAAGCAACUUUAUCUCAAAUUAUGAUGGUAAAACCGAUGGCACAUUUUGGGUUACCCAGCUGCGUGAUAUUCAAAAGACAUACAUGUUGUCUGACAACAUGUUGAGAGCAUUGUUCGCAACAAAGUUGAUUGGCAGAGCGCAGGUAUGGCUACACUCGCGACGAAACACUUCAGAAGAAAAUCUUGAUGAACUUUUUCAACAAUUCUGCUUGAUGUUCGGCACCAAAGAAACAAAAUUAGAGCUUCGCAGAAAUUUUGAGCGCCGUAAAUGGAGUUAUGGUGAACAUUUUACUGACUACUGUAAUGACAAAAUAAUGUUGGCAAGCAAGCUCUCUUUAGAUGAAGAUGAAUUAGUGGAGUACAUAGUGGAUGGUAUACCAAAUAUACAGAUACGCAUGCAAAUGUCUUUGCAACAACACACAAGUACCGACGACUUGUUGAAGUCACUUGCAAAUGUUAAGUUAAGCAAACCAUCAACAGCCCAACAAACAACACAGAAAAAUAAAGAAAAUACAGAAGGUAAACAACCAACAACGAGAGUCGGCGUUCGUUGUUAUAACUGCAACAGCGUAGGUCAUUAUGCAGCCGACUGCAGCAAACCUCGUCGACAGCCUGGGACGUGCUAUGCGUGUGGCAGCGAAGAGCAUAUGGUCAGCGAUUGUGAAUUAAAUAAGAAGAAGAACGAUGAGAAAAUGAACCAUUAUAAUGCCUGAUAGACUCUGGUAGCCCGAUCAGUAUGAUAAGACAAGAUGUUUUACCGAAUGAAGUACAGACUUUUGAAUUUAAUAAUUUUUCAUUUUAUGGCAUAAACAAUUCUAAAUUGAAAAUACAUGGAAAAUGUUUUUGUUACAUUGAAGUACUUAAUAAAAAAAUGAAAUUUGAA